AUGAUAGAAGACAUACUCCUUAAUGCAAAGCUCCUGCGGCACCGAUUCGCCACUAUGUUCGGUCGCUGUCCCGUGGACAAGACGCAUCGGAAUCAGUGCCGCGCCUGCCGUUUGGCCAAAUGUUUUCAGUCGGCAAUGAACAAGGAUGCUGUGCAACAUGAGCGUGGUCCACGCAAGCCGAAACUGCAUCCGCAGCUGCAUCAUCAUCAUCAUCACCAUGCCCAUGCCGCAGCAGCGCAUCAUGCGGCCGCCGCACACGCCCAUCAUCAUCACGCCCAUGCGGCGGCGGCACAUCAUGCGGCAGCUGCAGCAGCCGCAGCCGCUGGACUGCAUCAUCACCAUGGCGCGCAUCUGCCGGUGUCGCUGGUGACCAACGUCUCCGCCAGCUUCAACUACACGCAGCAUAUUUCCACCCACGCACCACCGGGCAGCUUCCACUUGAGCGCAGCUGCAGCUGCUGCGGCGCCCACGCAGCAAACACAGGCGGUGCAGCAGGCGGGCGCGCAUGCCACAGCGUUUCAUCAUCCGAUGGCCACGCAUGGCGGACUGCAGCAGCAUGUGGCAGGCAGCGGUGGCGGUGCCGUCAGCUUUCCGCCGCACUUGUUGCAUCACAAUCUGAUAGCCGAGGCGGCUAGCAAGUUGCCCGGCAUAACAGCAGCGACGGCUACAGCGGUGGCGGCAGUAGUGUCCACAACGCCCUAUGGCCAACCCAAUGGCAACAACAACAACAACAACAGUUACUCCUCACCCUCGCCUAGCAACUCCAUACAGUCCAUCUCCAGCAUUGGGUCUAGGAGUGCUGGCGCUCCCAUCAAUGGCGGCGCACUGAGCUUGGGCAGCGAAAGUCCACGCGUCAAUGUGGAAACGGAGACGCCUUCGCCGUCGGCUUCGCCUCCACUGAGCGCCGGCAGCGUCUCGCCUGCGCCCACGCUCACAGAUUCGCAUAGUCUGGCGGCUUCUAGCUCCUCACCACAGCUGGCGGCGCAUCACAGCUCCACGCACUGCCACAGCGAAGCCACCACGCCGCCCAGCCACGCCUCCCUGCUCAUGCACAACAUUCACCUCAACAACAACAACAACAACAGCAACAACAAUAAUAAUAACAACAACAAGCAGCUGAGCUACACUUCAGGCUCGCCCACGCCCACAACGCCCACGCCGCCACCAGCAGCGCCGCUGCCACGCCCACACGGCGGCUGUCAGUCUGGCUCGAGUGGCUUUCUGGAGCUGCUGCUCAGUCCAGACAAGUGCCAGGAGCUCAUCCAGUACCAGGUGCAGCACAAUGCGCUGCUCUUUCCGCCGCCGCUGCCCCAACAGCUGCUCGACUCACGUCUGCUCUCCUGGGAAAUGCUGCAGGAGACGACGGCGCGUCUGCUCUUCAUGGCCGUGCGCUGGGUCAAGUGCCUGAUGCCCUUCCAGACGCUCUCCAAGAACGAUCAACACUUGUUGCUACAGGAGUCCUGGAAGGAGCUCUUUCUGCUGAACCUGGCACAGUGGACGAUACCGCUCGAUCUGACGCCCAUACUGGAGUCGCCGCUUAUCAAGGAGCGCGUGCUGCAGGACGAGGCGACACAGAUGGAGAUGAAGACCAUACAGGAGAUACUCUGCCGCUUUCGCCAGAUCACGCCCGAUGGCAGCGAGGUGGGCUGCAUGAAGGCGAUAGCGCUGUUCGCGCCGGAGACUGCGGGGCUGUGUGAUGUGCAGCCCGUGGAGAUGCUGCAGGAUCAGGCGCAGUGCAUUCUGUCCGAUCAUGUGCGUCUGCGUUACGCGCGUCAAGCGACGCGCUUUGGCCGACUGCUGCUGCUGCUGCCUUCGCUGCGAACCAUCAGAGCGGCCACCAUUGAGGCGCUGUUCUUCAAGGAAACGAUUGGCAAUGUGCCCAUUGCGCGACUGCUGCGUGACAUGUACACCAUGGAGCCGGCGCAGGUGGACAAGUGA